AUGGAAAACCGACUCGACGAUAUAUCCAGGACAAAAAAAUGGCUGCCCAGUUUCUUACAUUUGAGCAAGAAGCCGACCUUUUCGAACUCAGGCAGUCCAGAUGAGCGUACCUUUUUACUGCCCCCGCAGGAACAUGAAGAAGGAGAGGUCUACGAGCUUGAAGACGGACAUCACAACACGACGCAGCUCAUUUUGGCCGAAUUCUGGAUUCUGCUUAAGAGUUCAGUUCCAGUGAUCUUGGCUUAUACACUGCAAAACUCCCUCCAGACCAUAUCUGUCCUUAUCGUAGGAAGACUGUCUCCAGAGGCUCUGGCAACUGCUGCCUUCUCCUAUAUGUUCGCCAUGGCCACAGCAUGGCUUAUAGCGCUUGGCGGUACUACAGCGAUCGACACUUUGGCUUCGGCAAGCUUCACCGGGAGCAAGGAUAAGCACGACCUUGGGAUCAUCCUACAACGCUCCUUCGUCAUUUUGGGGCUUUUCUACGUGCCCGUCGCCAUCUUGUGGCUCUGUGCUGAGCCUGUCUUCAAGAUUCUUGGGCAAGAGGAUUAUCUUGCUAGAGAAUCUGCACGAUUUCUGAGCGUGCUGAUCCCUGGAGGACUUGGUUAUAUCUAUUUUGAAGCCUUGAAGAAGUACCUUCAAGCGCAAGAAAUUAUGAGGCCAGGAACUUACGUCCUUUUGAUCACAUCUCCCCUAAAUGCCGGUCUCAAUUAUCUGUUCGUCUAUACCUUUGAACUGGGGCUGCUCGGCGCACCUCUUGCAACUGGUAUCUCAUACUGGAUAUCCUUCCUUUUGCUCCUUGCUUACGCCCGUUUCAUCGCGGGUUGGGAAUGCUGGGGAGGCUGGAGCCGCAUGUGUUUUCAAAACAUGAGCACGUUCUCACGCCUAGCGUUUCUUGGUGUUAUCCAUGUUGGAACUGAAUGGUGGGCUUUCGAGAUCGUGGCACUGGCUGCUGGCCGACUUGGAACUAUCUCUUUGGCCGCCCAGAGUGUCAUCAUGACAACGGACCAAGUCAUGAACACAAUCCCAUUCGGCGUCGGUGUAGCCACGAGUGCGCGCGUCGGCAAUCUACUUGGUGCUCGCAACGCAAAUGGGGCUGCCAGGGCAUCGAAUACCGCCGCUUGGCUAAGCAUAGCCCUUGGCUUCAUGGUACUGGCUGUAUUGAUGGGUGUUAAGGACUUCUAUGCCCGGAUAUUUAAUGACGAUAUUGACGUCAUCAGACUCACUGCGCAUGUUAUGCCAUAUGUUGCGCUGUUUCAAAUCGCCGACGGUCUGAACGGCAGCUGUGGUGGCGCAUUGAGAGGAAUGGGCCGGCAGCAUAUUGGCGCUGCUGUGAACAUCGUCAGUUACUACUGUGGUGCGCUCCCACUGGGUAUUUGGCUGGCAUUCCACGGUUGGGGCUUGGCUGGUCUAUGGGUUGGACAAUGUAUUGCAUUGUAUUUGGUUGGAUUUCUGGAGUGGUGGAUUGUUGCAUUCAGCAAUUGGGACCACCAGGUUGUGAGGGCCUUUGAGAGGAUGGACCAUGGAGACAGAGCAGAAUUGGGUGAGGAGACAGGUUGA